CAGUUCUAUAACGGGCAAUUAUAAGACAGUAAGGGCAGAAGUUGGUUGUUGAAGGCUUAGCGGAAGUGUGGGCCCCUGUAUAAUUGGGUAGGAAACCCCGCCCCGGCCUCUUUCCGCUCCGAGCUCCGACCGGUCAAGACACAGCCGAGGAGACACGAUGUCAGAUUGGGAGACCGUUCCUGUUGGGGCUGAGACCCCUGAAAUUAAACUGUUUGGCAAAUGGAGCACAGAUGAUGUACAAAUAAAUGAUAUUUCUCUACAGGAUUACAUUGCAGUGAAGGAAAAGUAUGCUAAGUUCCUGCCACACAGUGGAGGACGUUAUGCUGCUAAACGCUUCCGUAAAGCUCAGUGCCCCAUUGUGGAACGUCUCACCAACUCCCUUAUGAUGCAUGGAAGGAACAAUGGCAAAAAACUCAUGACAGUCAGAAUCGUAAAGCAUGCCUUUGAAAUCAUCCACCUGCUAACCGGAGAGAACCCCCUUCAAGUCUUGGUAAAUGCCAUCAUCAACAGUGGCCCUAGAGAAGACUCUACACGUAUUGGUAGAGCUGGAACUGUGAGGAGACAAGCUGUUGAUGUUUCACCUCUCAGGAGAGUAAACCAGGCUAUAUGGCUGCUUUGCACUGGGGCCCGUGAAGCUGCUUUUAGGAACAUUAAGACAAUUGCAGAGUGCGUGGCUGAUGAACUUAUUAAUGCAGCCAAGGGUUCCUCUAACUCAUAUGCCAUCAAGAAAAAGGAUGAACUGGAGAGAGUUGCCAAAUCCAACCGUUAAAGCAUCAGCAGCUUAAUGAGUAUCCAUUCUCAUAAUAAAGAAAUCUGUUCUAUA